AUGUGUUCAAUUGACAAUUUUCUUGAUAUGGAAGCUCAGGUACUAGAACAACAAAGGAAAAAAAAAAAUAUUGUCUCUUGUCGUGAAUAUUAUUGUUAUAAAAUUCAAAUAAGAGAUGAUGAAACUGAUGAAAUCUUACAUACUGGAAGGAUAUUCCAACAAUAUGUCGUAGAUGAAUUCAUAAAACUUGAAACACAACGACUAGACUUCUUCUCUUUCAAUCCAGACUUGUUUAGAAUUGAAGUUUUGCAAGGUAUUCUUGAUGUCUUAAGACAAGGUGAAAGAGAUGCUUCUAGAAUUGGAAAACAAACUUCCCUUCCUGUUACAUUUACGGAGGGACCAAGAGAUAUACGCCGGCGAUAUAUGGAUGCUAUCGCUUUGGUACAACGUUUUGGAGCACCUGACUUGUUUCUAACGAUGACAUGCAACCCAUUAUGGCCAGAAAUAAAAGAACAUUUGUUAUCUACCGAUGAGGCACAAAAUAGACCUCACUUAAUUAGUCGAGUAUUUAGAGCAAAACUGGAAGAGCUAAAAAAUGAUAUAUUAAAAAGAAAUAUAUUUGGAAUGGUAGCUGCUUUUAUGUACACUGUAGAAUUCCAGAAACGUGGUCUUCCACAUGCACAUUUCCUUAUUAUUCUUGCUAAUGAAUACAAAUUGUUGACACCUGAGUCUUACGACAGAGUUGUUUGUGCUGAAUUACCUGAUCCUGAUAAAGAGCCUUACUUAUACUCACUUGUUGUACAUCAUAUGAUGCAUGGUCCUUGUGGUCAUUUGAAUCCUGCAAAUUCAUGCAUGGAAAAUGGAUAUUGUAAAUUCAGCUACCCUAAAGAUUUUGCUGAUCGAAGAUCAAAAGGAAAAAAAACUCUUAUCCAAUUUACAAAAGACGAUAUACAGGUGAAGCAAUAA